UGUGAGAUUACCCAUGGUGCAUCUGGAAAAUGCUAACUAGCUCCGAUUAAUGGCUGACAUUUGCAUCACCUAAACAAAUAUACAUCGAUAUUAUUCACCAAAAUGCCAAAACUUAAGAAAAGAAGAAAUGUCCAAUCACAAAGAAAGGUCCCAAAAAAACCUAACCAGUCGUCUGCCAACAGCAGUUUCAAUCUUGACCAUUCACACACCAGUCAUGAUCAUGUAGACUUAACGACAGCAUGCCUUGAAGAAGAAAUAGAACUAGGAUUGAUAAAUUCUGCAGAAAUCGAAGACAUUGAACCAAAGCAGUCAUCUACCAACAGCAGUUUCAAUCUUGACCAUUCAUACACCAGUCAUGAUCAUGUAGACUUAACAACAGCAUGCCAUGAAGAAGGAAUGGAAAUAGGAUUGAUAAAUUCUGCUGAAAUUGAAGACAUUGAACCUAUACAGACACAGCUAGAUCAUGUAGAUGUUGAAGAUAUACAGCUAGAAGAGAGCCUUUAUUCUGACCCUGUUAGUUCAACAAUGCCUUAUGAAGAUUUGAAAAGUAAUCUACAGAAAUACCUAAGUACUUCAUAUACACUUGAUCAAAACAGUGACUUCAUUCAAAUUAUGCAGUUGUAUCCAUCUACAGGCACUGCAUCAGUAAAACUAAAUGUUACUAUUGACCAGAAGUUUGCAGCCAAAGUAUUUGUUCACCGGAUAGAACUUUGCUCCGAUCACCAAUUAUGGAAAGAUUUGCCAACAACAUUUGAUUCAAUUAUUAACAUUCAGUCUUUACUAUCUAAACUUGAGAGCUUCUCUGUGUGUGUUGGGAACUAUGAAAAUGACCUUAUCGAUGUAAUACCAAUUGGCAGCGCAGUGCAACAUGCUAAACCUGCUUCAACAAACUGUCAUGGUUAUAGAGAGGGUGAUUUCGGUGCAGUCAAGGGAACUAUAUCAUAUUCGUCAACAGUCCGCAAUGUUCAAUGUGCACUCCUUGUGCAAGGUCACAGAUGUUACCAGUGCAGUCAACUGAGACGUAUUUUAGUAGGCAGGAAGUACAGACAAGAAGAAAAGCUACGCAAAACUCAGGAAACCUCAGGCCCAACUGACUAUCUUCACAGUAAGAUGCAGCACAGUAAUAUGUCAAAGCUGCAGCUGAUAGAAAAAAUUCACCAACAGAAAGACAAGAUCACCAAUCUACAGAAUGAGAUAUUACGCACUAGAAAUCAGUUUCAACGAGAGAUGGCCAGCAAAGGGGUUAUACUGGACUUCAGCCAAUCACUUGAAAUUAAAGAUACCAUGGCAACAUGCAAUGCUGAGAUGGAAAAAGCAUGUCCUGAUGAAAAUUCAUAUCAAAGAUUGUUCUGGACUGAACAAAUGAAGUGUAUGAAUCUACAGUCAACAAAAGGUAUGCGAUGGCAUCCUAUGAUUUUGAGAUGGUGUCUCUAUCUACGUCAAAAGUCUUCUGCAGCAUAUGAUGCCCUAAGAGAUUCAGGAUUUAUCACACUACCUAGUUCCAGAACCCUGUUUGAUUACUCUCAUUAUACCCGGAGUGACAACGGAUUUUUACCUGAUGUCAUGAAAGUCCUGAAGGAAGAAGCUACCAAAAGAGACAUGUAUAGCAAAGAGGAUGUUUGGAAAAACUAUGUAGGAAUUCUCUUUGAUGAGAUAAAGAUCAAGUCUGACCUAGUUUAUGACAAGCAUACAGGGGAACUAAUUGGUUAUUGUAAUCUGGACAAAGUUGGCAACCAAAUUAUGGAGAUGGAGAGGAGCCUUAAAGACAGUUCAUCUGAUGACAUUGCAAAAUACAUGCUGGUCUUAAUGGUAAGAGGUGUGGCUACAGAUCUGAAGUUUCCUUUGGCUGGGUUUGCAACACUAAGCAUUACAGCAGACUUUCUGUAUCCCAUAAUCUGGAAAGCGAUACGUAUAUUAGAAACAACCAGUGCUGCUCAACUAAAAGUUUUAUUCCUAACCUGUGAUGGUGCAUCAGCAAAUCGUAAAUUCUUCAAUCUUCAUGGACAAGUUAAUGACUUUGUUUACUUCACAGAUAAUCCGUUUUCAGAAGAUGGCAGGAAAAUUUACUUUGUGUCAGAUGUUCCCCAUUUAAUUAAGACUACUCGUAACUGCUUCAGCAACUCAUUUUCACACCUGAACACUCGCAAAUUGUGGAAUAAUGGAAAAGACGUGUCCUGGAUUCAUUUGUUGACCUUGUUUGAGCAACAUUGUGAGAUGUCACUUUACACUCCAUGUCCUAAACUGACAAGAAGCCACCUUGACCUAACACCAUUUGGACGCAUGAAAGUGAAUUUAGCUGCACAGGUGCUGAGUUCUACUGUGGCAAAUGCUUUGGAGAUGAUGUACGGUGAUAAUGUUAGUGAAACAGUUAAUUUUCUCCGGAUAAUUGACAAAUUUUUUGACUGUCUAAAUGUCAGAAACCUCUAUGAGGGACGAAAUAAGCGGAAUCUGAAUUUGAAUCCAUACACCAAUAUAAAUGACGAAAGGCUUCAGUGGCUUACUGGUGACUUUUUAAGUUAUUUUGAUUUGUGGGAGCAAUCUGUUAUGCAGAGACCAGGUGAAUUUACAAACAAGCAGAGGAAAUGUAUGCUUUUAAGUAGACAAACAUUAACUGGUUUGAAGAUAAGUGUGCUUUCCAUUGUGGCAUGUGUCAAAUUUCUUCUUGAGAUUGGAGCUAAGUUUGUUUUAACCCACAACUUCAACCAAGACCCACUCGAACAACAUUUUGGGCAUUAUAGACAUAGAGCUGGUGACAACUCAAAUCCAACUGUGUAUGAUGUACGACACAUGAUGACAACAAUGCGAGCCGUAGGAGCCCAGGCCUUGGCACCACGACACUCUAACAUUAACAACAAGGAAAACAGAAAUAUGGUCAUUGACAACAGCAAGUUACCAAAACGUGGAAAUUACUUUUGAUUAAAUGUAUGAAUGUAUGUUAUAUUAAUGUGAAUCAAAAACUCAGGUCACAAUUAUUUUUUGUAAAUUUUAAGGAGUCUAUAGUUAUGUCACAUUAUUUAAGUGAUCAUAUAAUAUUUCUGAUC